AUGGCGAAAGAUAUGUUCGAUUACGUUUUUGAGAAAAAUGAAGAUGUCAUCAAAAGACAAGACACACGACUCCGCAAGUCCAUUUCACCUAGGGAGAGAUUGGCAGUUACAUUAAGAUAUCUGGCCACAGGGGAAUCUUUCACGUCUCUUUCCUACAACUAUAGAAUCGGAGCAACAACUAUUGGUCUCAUCGUGAAGGACGUCUGUGCUGCUAUCAGGCAGACAAUGCAGCCAGAGUUUAUGAAGGUGCCAUCAACAUCUGAUGAUUGGAGAGAAGUAGCCAAUGGGUUUAAGGAAUCUUGGCAGUUCCCAAAUUUCUGUGGAGCUGUCGAUGGGAAACAUUGGGGAUGUUUGUUCGUCGUCACUAUGGAGAUCAUCUUGUUCCUGGACGUCAGCGUCUUCUUUGUCGCUUGGCAUGUUGCUGUCAGUGCUGCAAAAGGAGGGGAUUGUUGA